UCGGGAGUUACCACCUGAAUAUUAUAUCCGAAUACACACUUGGGAGAAAUGCGGACCGCCGCAGGUACGAUUUUCGUGGUCGUCUGCUCGUCGAUCGCGCUGGUGCUCGCGAAACCGGCGCCGGAGCCGCCGGUGAGCUCGUACUUUCCACCCUCCGGUGGGGGUGGUGGCGGUGGCGUGUCCGGAAGCUACGGGCCACCCGCGGACCGUUAUGGACCGCCGCAGCAGAAUCCGGUGAUCCACAAGCACGUGUACGUCCACGUGCCGCCACCGGAAGCGCCCGAGUACAAGGCGCCGAAGCACGUGCCGUUGCCGCAGCCGCCGCAGAAGCACUACAAGAUCGUCUUCAUCAAGGCGCCGACGCCGCCUACGCCGACCGCGCCGCAAUUGCCGCCGCUGCCGCAGCCGGACGAGGAGAAGACGUUGAUCUACGUGCUCGUCAAGAAGCCGGAAGAGGCGCCCGACGUCAUACUUCCGACGCAGGCGCCAACGCAGCCCAGCAAGCCCGAGGUCUACUUCAUCCGCUAUAAGACUCAGAAGGAAACAGGGGGCGGCGAAUACGGUCCACCCGGACAACAACCUGGACAACCUAUCGACAGUUAUGGAGCACCGCAUCCGGGUCCCAGUGGGCCGUAUUAAAUUUGUCGUGAAGAAUUAAUCGAGAAUCUUCAAAAAACUCGGCCGCCUUCGACUCUCGGAGGUGGUUUCUCUAUUCUCGAUCACAUUUUUACUUCUCACAAUGACGCGGCCGUGAAUCCGGAUAUCCGGAUACACUUGGAUCUUAAUAACUGUAGGAGAUGUAUAUAUAUAUCGUCUGUGUAUCUCGUAAGAUAGAUCGCAUUGUGUGUUUUUUAAAAGAUGCUUAAGAGGCGGGCGUCUUCGUGUUGCGUUUUUUACUCGCACGCACAUAUAGAUAUCUGUAUAUAUACGUGAUUCUCUGAUAAUAUAACUGGCCGAGUAUCGAAUAUGAUCGAGAGAAAAAGAGAGCUCGUGUCUCUCUUCUUCUCUUAAAAAGAGAGAUGCAAGACAAAUCAUUUCAUAUACUAGUAUAUACGAGACGUCGAUGUUUCUUUCGUAUCUUUUAAGAAAAUAAUCGUAAAUAUACAUUUUUUAUAUCAA